UUAAUUAACAUAUAUAGAAAAAAUACAAGAAACUUUUCAAGCUGUGUGGAUAAAACAAACAGCGAGAUAUGACUUCUGUUGUCUCAAUUCGGAAGGAAAUUACUUUGAGUAAAUGGAAAUGUACUUAGCAGGACUCUUAUGCCAGGAGAGUGGCUUUACUUCGUCCAAGAAAAUUAUUGACAAAAAUAGGCUGUUAUUAGACGACUAAAAUAUUCAGYUUUCGAGAACAACAUGGUGAACAACACGAUUGACUCAAMGGCUUCAAAUGGAACAAAUUCUAAUGCUGAAUUAACACUAGAACAAGCUCUAAGCUCCCCUUCRGUUAUUGUAUUCUGCCUUCUUCUUAUUUUACUGUUGAUAGUAAUCUUAUUCGGGAAUUUUACUGUCAUGAGAACCGUUCAUGURACGCGUAAACUUCAUUAUUCCGCGUUUUACUUCGUUUUYAGUCUUGCACUAGCAGAUUUCCUUGUUGGUUUUCUGGUGCCCUUCUCUAUCGCCUACAUUGUCACUGAAAAGAUGAGAAAUCGCUGGAUGGCUGGAGAAAUCGCAUGCGACAUAUGGACAUUCGCAAAUAUCUGGUUCGUCGAGGCAUCRCUUCUCAACCUCUGCAUGGUCAGCUGGGAUCGUUACGUAGCAGUGACGUCACCUUUCAGCUACAAAAUGCGCAUGCGCGGAAAGAAGGUCCGAGUCCUAAUCUCGCUUGUAUGGUCAGUGUCGCUUGUUCUAGGAGUUCUAUAUACGUUAGCCUUCAAAUACUCUGAUGAACGCGAACUAUGCAAAGCUAGUGGUCUAAAUCUUAGAAACACUAUAUCUUUUUUCACUAUUGUCUACGCUAUUCCGACCUUAUUCCUUAUAUUCGUGAAUGUCCGAGUCAUUAUGGUCGCUAGAACCCAUCGCACGCAUAUAAGAGCUCAGGAAGUUAAUCCAACUUGGAUUACCGAGGGAGAAGGCGAAAUUGAGGUCAAAAACGAUCGACGAAAAUCAGUGUUUUUAAACGAAAUCAAGACAUUUAAAACAAUAGUUGUGAUUAUUGGUACAUUUUUGCUUUGCUAYUCACCGUUCUUCAUACUCUUAUUGAUAAGCAGGUUYAUUCCUUUACGAACAGGCGCARCACACGUGACUAUUAUUUUAUUUUACGUCAAGAGCGGUCUUAACCCGAUGAUCUACGGGGUGUCCAAAGAUCUCAGGGUCGCCGCAGUAAACAGCUUAAAAAGGCGACGACAAAUAGCAAGUGAUGUGACCGACGGCGAGAGGACUCCCAAAGUGAGUGUUAUACAAKUACCAAGCCAGGAUAACAGAGCUAUAUCACCGUUAAAAAUAGAUGAUAUCAUACCAAAGGAUCAAUCAGCAAGUGAACAAGACUAAACAGUAUUAUUCAAACCGCAAUCGCUUUUAUAAAGACGUUUAAAAUAUUACAAUUUUUUGUUUUUUUCUUUUAAAAUAUAAAUAUACAUAUAAAUAGUCUAGUAUACAGAACUGUACACAUAUCCAUAGGGACGAGGUACCUCAUUGCUAUCUCAAAAAGAAGCCUUAUUACUCUUUA